CACAUCGGCACAUGAGCAGUCAAGGUCUCCAGGGACUGUGAGGAGCUUCAUCAUGACAUACGGCAAGAUCCUUCACCAGCCUGAGGGUUGCUUCAUUAAUGUCAACGUCGGAGGUUUCAAGCAGCGAAUGGACCUCACCGUCCUGAAACGAUUCCCGCAGACACGGCUGGCUCGUCUUCUGUGCUGCAGAUCCAAAGAAGCUAUCCUGGAGCUCUGUGACGAUUUCAGUCCCUCUGAAAUGGAAUACUACUUUGACCGCAACCCAAGUUUUUUCUGUUAUGUUCUCAACUUUUAUCUUACAGGGAAAAUCCACCUGGUUGAUGGGCUAUGUGUGGUCUCAUUCUUCCAAGAAAUUGAAUAUUGGGGAAUCAAGGAACGUCACCUGGACUUCUGCUGCAGCACCAAGUUCCACGACCUGAUGGAUCUUGCUGAGGAUGGAAUCUGGGAUCAGAGGAGCGACGAGGUGCAGCCCAACAGCUCUGGCUCUUCUAUUACUGAUCUGUCUGUUUUGGAGGAUGACGAACAAAUGUUUGAAGGCUCCUGGUGUGCAAAUGUCCGCCGGAGUGUUUGGAUUCGACUUGAGAAUCCAGGUUUCUCCACAUCAGCCAAAGUUAUGGCUGUAGCAUCCCUCACUGUAGUCAUCACCUCCAUCGUGGCCAUGUGUGUUCACAGCAUGCCGGACUUCCAUCAGGUGGAUCCUGCUGAAAAAAAAAUAGAAAAUCCAGUGCUGACGUUUUUUGAGAGCCUGUGCGUCGUGUUUUUCUCUGCAGAGUUUAUUCUUCGCUUGGUUGUUUCACCGUCAGCCAGGAAGUUCAUGUGCAGCCCUCUCAACAUUAUCGAUCUAUUGUCAGUCAUGCCCUUCUAUGUCACUAUCCUGUGUGACCUAAUGAACGAGGGUGAGAGCACAGACCUGGAGAACGUUGGCAAAGUUGUGCAGAUCUUGAGGUUGAUGCGAGUGUUUCGUGUUUUAAAACUGGCUCGUCACUCAGCUGGCCUUCGCUCUCUUGGUGCCACCUUACGGCACAGCUCCCGUGAAGUGGGGUUGCUGGUGCUUUUCCUGUCUGUGGGCAUUUCCGUGUUUUCCUCCCUCAUUUACUGUGUGGAGAAAGACUCUCAAGAGUCUGAGUUGCAGACUAUCCCUAUUGGCUGGUGGUGGGCCACCAUUAGCAUGACGACAGUCGGCUAUGGAGACACUUUACCUGUUACUUUGGCUGGGAAGCUCAUAGGAACUCUGUGCAUCAUCUGCGGGCUGCUGAUCGUGGCUCUGCCCAUUACUAACAUCUUUAACAAGUUCUCCAAGUUCUAUCAGAAGCAAAGACACUUAGAGCUCAAGCCAAGCAAUAACUGCACCCUCUCCAGCAUGCACAACUAAAGAACAGCAUCUAAAGAAGUCUUACCCCUACAGUCUCAUUCAUGAUUUAACUUUAAAUUGGCAGGUUUAA